UCACGUGACUCCUGCCGCAUGUAGCGCGCGAGGACGCUGUUUACAAACAGCCGUAAGUCCCGCGUUUCGUGCCAGCCUAGCUUGUUCUGCGGGGGAAGCAGUCGGAGGAUGGACGCUGAAAAGUCUCGGCCCUAUUUCUUUGGCGACAUCGGCUGCUGGGCGGAGCGAACAGAGGUGCACAAGGCAGCGUCGCUCGGCCAGGCCUCCCAACUGGAGGAGCUCAUUCAGGGCGGAGCCUCGGUCAACAUGGUGGCCGUGGAUUCCAUCACACCGCUGCACGAGGCGUGCCUCCACGGACAGGCCAAGUGUGUGCAGCUGCUGCUUGAGGCUGGAGCUCAGGUGGAUGCAAGGAAUGUGGAUGGAAGUACCCCGCUGUGUGAUGCCUGUUCAGCUGGGAGUUUGGAGUGUGUGAGGCUUCUGCUGCAGUACGGUGCCAAGGCGAACCCUGCCCUCACCUCCCGCACAGCCUCACCCCUGCACGAGGCCUGCAUGGGAGGAAACUCUGAGUGUGUGAAGCUGCUGAUUUCCAUGGGAGCUUGUCUGGAGGCGUAUGACCUUUACCACGGCACCCCGCUGCACGCGGCCUGUGCUAACGAGCACACGGACUGUGUUAGAGAGCUGCUCAAUGCAGGCGCUAAAGUGAACGCCGCCAGGCUGCACGAGACUCCGCUGCACCACGCUGCUAAAAGCAUGCGGGUGGAGACGAUCGAGAUGCUGGUGGAGUUUGGAGCCAACAUCUACGCUCGAGAUCAACACGAGAGGAGACCCGUGGACUACACCACGCCGGGCUCUCCCUCUGCAGCCUGCCUACAGUCUUAUGAGACCUCUCCUCUGAGUCUGCAGCAGCUCAGCAGGUUGGCAGUGAGGAGGAAGCUCGGCACCAGGGCUCUAAAUGUCAUAGGCCAGCUGGAGGUCCCUAAACUCAUCACCAGCUACCUCUGCUAUCAGUGAGCGCCACCUGCAGGAGGAGCCGACCGGCGCUCAAAGGACUGGAAACUGCACAGCACUGUGUUAAAUAUGAGCACAGCUGCCUGAGAUUCCUUUAGUUUAAGAGCCCUGCCAUGCACACACUGCAGCAGCUACUGCACUCGGCGUGUUCAGGCUGUGUGAUCGCAUUAGUGCUGCUGUAAGAUGAGAUGUUUUUAAAGAGCAGAGUAACACUGACUUUCACUUGGCUUGCUCUCUAACACACACACACACACACACGCACACGCACAC